AACAAAUACACAAAAUAACGUUGUUUCUUAACAAUGAAAUAGGUGCCCUUAAGUCAUUAAAUGAUAGACAAUGACUUUACGCCACCUACUGGUUAGUCUGAUAAACUGUAGGCAGCCUCCUAUUUUGACAGCUUUGUGUCAUUUUGUCUCCUGUUUAGUGAGCUUGAUUAGGCUACAUGUUACAAUCGUUAACUGGUGUUUCGAUCUUUGAGCAUUUUCUGAAAAACGACAAACCUUAACUAAAACCUCUGCAGCUCUUAGAGCUUAUGGUCUGUGGUACCUCACAUCAUCAUCAUCUGGGCAGACGCACAUUUUACCAACGCAAAACAACCAAACUUCUUUUUUGGGGGCGGAUUCUUAUUUUGAUUUUAUGGCAUCUAACUUAUUGGUUGUGAACCAAACUAAUCAAACUGAAUCAUUGUAAUCGUUUUAUCAUUGGUCAUUACUUCCAUUCAUCAAAACUUUGUUGACUAGGCAUUGGCUGGCUUUAUUUUUGCUUCAUCCAAUCAAAACCUAAGGUGCACAAACUGACACCUCACUUACCCAAUGAUGCACUCCCUGGGCAUUCUCAAACCUUUUCUGAUUGGACAAAACAGAAAAAAAGUAUCUACUGGUACAGGAAGACUUUUCAGUGAUAAGAAUAUUGAAAAUAAACAUGAUCGAUCAUACUAACCGGAAGCGCGGAGGUAAACAAAGGAAAUAUUUCGGGAUUUUCCCCCACUUUUCGUUGUUUUGGAUUAAAUGUGGGAUGCAUUUUGAAGAGUGGACCCUUAUGUUGCAAUGUAUGCAGUGUUUUUUGGAUUUGUACGAAAUGAUCAGAACCAUAUGAGAUGUUAUAAUCCCAUCGUCUUUUUUCGAAGACCGGGGCGCUUUUCUCUGGACAAGUUUCUUUCUGGAUUGGACAACGGGUCGACUCUCUUGUUUAUCAAGAAGAAUCGGCCCGUGGUUACAAUCCGAAGGGAUUUGUCCGCUCAUGAGCUCACCGUGCCCUCCGUCCCGGAGUCUCAGGAGGAGGCGCUCGGUGAACCGUGCGGUCAGCGGGAGAGAGAGACUGAGGAUGCUGAGGUUCAGAGCUCGGUGAGCGGAGCCGCCGCUCCUCAGACUCCUGCGGUCCAGACAGCAGAGGAAGCCUGUCCAGAUGAGAAGACCAUGAUUGAGGAUGAAGACUUUGAGGAGGAGGGGUCAGAGUCUUCAUCCCUUCAUGAGCCUUCUUCAUUGUCUGGUUCAGGCUCUGAGUCCAGCUCCCUUAGCAAAGGGAGUUCCUCUGUUGUUGCUGACCGUAGUGGGGACGAGCCACUCGCCAUCCAACCAGCAGCAUGUCUGCCGUGGAUCGGUCGGGUGGUCUCGAGAGCUGAGCUUAAGCCACCAGCUCCCAGGAAAGGUUUUCCGCAGUGGAGUGAUCUGUGGCACAGGGUGGACCUCAACGGAUCCCGUGAGAAGUCCACACCACCAUCCUCCACACAGGCAGCUGGCACACAUCAGGAGAAUAGCACAGAGACUAAAGAUCUCAAGGCGAGGGCGGAGAUUUUAGUCUCUGAAUUGGUCCGUUUCUCCGGAUGUGUUUCUGUUUCUGCAGAAUUCCGAUUUAAGUUAGGGCAAAUGUUGGUGAGCUUUGCCCUGACCUCUGAGGCGGCAUGCACUCUCGCGAGGGAGACAUUGGACCGGGAAAUGCUCCGUCUGCGUAAAGAAGAGAGUUCGCCCCAGACAUUGAUUCACCUUUACAGGUUCAUAAAGAGGUUUCCCAUGAUAUUUAUUGGUAUGAAAUGCCAACUCCAUCAAUGGGUCCUCGAGGAUCUUGAAGAUCCAGACCUCGUUUCAGAGGAUGAGGAUGGACCAGCUGAGAUCGCUCCUGCUGACGCUCCAGCUGAGGGCCCCCUCUUACCGGCUCCUCUGGCUGUUCCAGAGCCUCCACCAGGUCUCCUCUUUCUCCCGUCACCUGCUCCACAGCCUUCAGUGGAGGUCCUCUCCUCCCGUCCUCCUGCACCUGCUCCACAGCCUUCAGUGGAGGUCCUCUCCUCUCCGGCUCCAUUGGCUGUUCCAGAGCCUCCACCAGGCCUCCUCUUCUUCCCGGCACCUUCACCUGCUCUGCAGCCUUCAGUGGAGGUCCUCUCCUCCCGUCCUCCUGCACCUGCUCCACAGCCUUCAGUGGAGGUCCUCUCCUCUCCGGCUCCAUUGGCUGUUCCAGAGCCUCCACCAGGCCUCCUCUUCUUCCCGGCACCUUCACCUGCUCUGCAGCCUUCAGUGGAGGUCCUCUCCUCUCCGGCUCCAUUGGCUGUUCCAGAGCCUCCACCAGGUCUCCUCUCCUCCCCUCCUCCUGCACCUGCUCCACAGCCUUCAGUGGAGGUCCUCUCCUCCCGUCCUCCUGCACCUGCUCCACAGCCUUCAGUGGAGGUCCUCUCCUUCCCGGCUCCUUUGGCUGUUUCAGAGCCUCCACCAGGUCUCCUCUUCUUCCCGGCACCUGCUCCGCAGCCUUCAGUGGAGGUCCUUUACUCCCCUCCUCCUGCACCUGCUCCGCAGCCUUCAAUGGAGGUCCUCUCCUUCCCUCCUCCUGCACCUGCUCCACAGCCUUCAGUGGAGGUCCUCUCCUUCCCGGCUCCUUUGGCUGUUCCAGAGCCUCCACCAGGUCUCCUCUUCUUCCCGGCACCUGCUCCGCAGCCUUCAGUGGAGGUCCUUUACUCCCCUCCUCCUGCACCUGCUCCACAGCCUUCAGUGGAGGUCCUCUCCUUCCCGGCUCCUUUGGCUGUUCCAGAGCCUCCACCAGGUCUCCUCUUCUUCCCGGGAUCUGCACCUGCUCCGCAGCCUUUAGUGGAGGUCCUGUCCUCUCCUCCUCCAGCACCUGCUCCGCAGCCUUUAGUGGAGGUCCUGUCCUCUCCUCCUCCAGCACCUGCUCCGCAGCCUUUAGUGGAGGUCCUGUCCUCUCCUCCUCCAGCACCUGCUCCGCAGCCUUUAGUGGAGGUCCUGUCCUCUCCUCCUCCAGCACCUGCUCCGCAGCCUUCAGUGGAGGUCCUUUACUCCCCUCCUCCUGCACCUGCUCCGCAGCCUUCAGUGGAGGUCCUCUCCUUCCCUCCUCCUGCACCUGCUCCACAGCCUUCAGUUGGGAACACUCCUUCAUCCUCUCAACUUUCACCUCCUCACGGUCAAGUGACUCCUCUCGCUUCUCCUCCUUCCCUGCCUCCGUCUAGGAAGCGUCGGGCUCCUUCAUCUACAGAGCAAAGUAUUAGAGUUCAGGGUAAGGCGGAGGUGUUACCAAAGAGAGCCAGACUGUGUCCAUCAAUCAGUGGUAUUAAAGCUCAACCCUCAUCUCCUUAUAGCCCAUUGGUUUCAGUUUCACCUCCUCAGCCGCCUCCGUCCUUUCAGUAUACAGAUAAAAUUGUGUACAUGGAGGUUGGGAACACUCCUUCAUCCUCUCAACUUUCACCUCCUCACGGUCAAGUGACUCCUCUCGCUUCUCCUCCUUCCCUGCCUCCGUCUAGGAAGCGUCGGGCUCCUUCAUCUACAGAGCAAAGUAUUAGAGUUCAGGGUAAGGCGGAGGUGUCACCAAAGAGAGCCAGACUGUGUCCAUCAAGCAGUGAUAUUAACGCUCAACCCUCAUCUCCUAAUGGCCCAUUGGUUUCAGUUUCACCUCCUCAGCCGCAGAUGCCUCCGUCUUUUCAGUAUACAGAUAAAAUUGAGUACAUGGAGGUUGGGAACACUCCUUCAUCCUCUCAACUGUCACCUCCUCGUGGUCAAGCCCCUCCUCUCGCCUCUCCUCCUUCCCUGCCUCCGUCUAGGAAGCGUCUGGCUCCUUCAUCUACAGAGGAUGAGAUGGAGCCGGCACCAAAGAGGGCCAAACUCUAUGGGCUGUCGGCUCGGGUCACUCCUCCUCUUUCCCAAACGCCAUCAUCCUCUCAGCAAAUUAAAGUAAAUGCUACAAAGGUCAAUCGUUCUUCGGUUUCUCAACCUUCAUCUAAUCACAAUCAUCAAAUCCAGCAAGUUUAUCCUCUUGCCUCUCCUCCUCCUCGUCGCUGUUGCAAGCGUCCGCCACCUUGUAGUUCACAGGAAGCAUCUGAAGGCAUGGUCUCCAUGAAGAAAAAGCCAAGACUUAAUGGAUUGUUUUAAAAAAAAAAGUCAAGAAGUGGAGACCCAACCUCACCUCCUCAAACCCCAUCCCCAUGAGCAGCAAAAAAAUAAAAAAUAUUUUUUAUUAAAGAAAGUGUAGUGCAGAAAACAAAAAUGAGAAAGAUUGUUUGUGACGCAUUCAUUAUGUUCAUUUAUUAUGACAAACUUUAAUGUGAUUAUCAGCCGCAUCAAAUGAAAAGAGCAAAAAUCAUGAUCAGGUUUUACCAACAUUUCCAUCAUCCACUAGAAACCAUGUACAGCCAAACUUACUGUAAACCUAAUAAGACAAAGACCCAAGUUAGGUUAAAAUCACUGGGAGAGAAACUAAACUUAGACUAAAGUUUCUCUGUUCUCCUUUAAUUCAUAUAUUAACACUAACAGGACAGAUCACAGAUGAGUUCAAACAGUUAACUGUAAACUAACUUUAAAUCAAUUCAAGAUCUUUACAUCUAAUAAUCUGAUUACAAGCUUAAAAGAUCAGAAGGUUUUAUAAAGGUCUCCCUACAGCUUAUGACAUAUAAUAUAUGAGAGAUUUCUGACUAUGACGUGGACGACCAAUGAAAACGUCACUUGACCACAAAUCAUUUCAGAAGAGUAAAUAAUCUUUUAUUUUAUAUCUAAAGGUGAAAACAUCUGUAAGAGAGAUCUGUAUAUGAACUGUUGACUGUUAAUGUUUGUAUAUAGGACAUGAUUCACAUUGUUUUCUUUAUGCAUUCAGGGGUCUUGAUGGCCACAUAAAGGAGGUGACCUAUAAAGCAGCACAACAUUUUAUUCAACUGUUUCAGAGGUAAGUCAUUUUAUUAAAAAUUUUACUUUGUAAAGUCACUGUUUUAUUAUUAGAAGUCAUUUAAAUUGAUAAACAUCCGGAGAUUUAUUCAUAAAAACAUUAACACACAGUGUUUCUGUUCAUCUCAUGUUAUUCUUGAGUAUCUAUAGAUUAGUAAUUCAUCCUAAAGAGUGUUUAGGUUGAUCAGAUUUAUUAAAGACAGAUCAGCUUUACCUCUGGAGGUGUACCGCGGGCGGAGCGAAUCAAGAGCAAGCAACACACACAAAACAUUAUCUCACUAUCUCUGGAUAACUUAUGAUUCACUUCAUGUUCAUAUCGAUGAUUGCCAAUAAAACACAGACAUUUGAUUCAGUUGGGACCGCCUCUUUUCAAUGAAAUCCAGCUUUAAACAAACACACACGCACAACUCCACUGUUACUCUGUUUCAGGGUUUAUUUUAGUUAAUGACAUUUAGCUUCAGGGGACGUCUGCGCAUGCGAGCACUUAUGAUGAGCAUUCAGGAGCACAUAUUCAGUGCAAUAUUAUAAUGUUAAAGCAGUUUUAUUACAUUUACAGUUGCAAAUAUCAAUUGCUGUCUAUUUCUGUCUUAGAAAAUGUGUGUUUUCUUUUUGAAAAUAAAAUAUUUUUUAAUAAAAUUGAUUGUUGUUUGUGAUUGGAUUGAAUACUAUACAUUUAAUUAUGUUUAUUAUUAAUAUAUCUCCAAGUAUCAGUGGAUGGAUAAAUUAACCACAAGUUACAAUUCCAUCAGUUCAUUAAUGUUACUAUACAGUACAUUUCCACAUCAAUUCUGUCAAUUCAUAACAAAUUAUUCAUGCCUGCAAUCUCUGAUAGUUAUGUGCAUUUAACCUGACCCACACAAUGACACAGGUCUUUCUUUUCACACUUCUGAUCCUUACCGUCCUCUGUACAUUCGAUCUGUAGUUAGUCUUUUUCUAAAGCACCUUUUAAUUUAAAAAAAGAAGAAAAAAAAAGAAAAGGGGGGGCCUUUUGCAGCUACUUUCCUGAGCUAUCUUUUUUAGACAAAGAGAAAUGGAGAUAUUUGGAUACAUUAAAUGAUAAAAGGACAUAUUAUAAGAUGUUACUAUGGGCACUAAUGUAACAUUUCCAUUCUCCACUUCUGUCACAGGAGAUUGUUCAAGAAAAUGAAUUAUUAUUAUUAUUAGUGUAGUGUACUGAAAAGCAUUACACAAAAUUAUUGAAAAUCUGUAAGGACUGUAAAGAGGAUUUACAAUUAAUAGAAGGUGCAUUAUGACAUUAAGUCAGUCAGUCAUGUCUCUGUUCAUUCAAUUCCUGUUUGUUGGAGCUUUUAGUGAGUUGUUACUGGGUCUGGCUGAUAUAACAUACAUUAGGGUAAAAAAUAGAAAAAAUAAAACGCAUAAUUAUAUAAACACGUUUUCAGUGUUUUUUAUUUGUUCUAAAUGGUUGUAGGAGCCAUUUUGUUGAUGUCCACUAGGUGGCACUUGGUGAGCUAUAUAAUUAAGCACAAGUCUAA